AAAUGUCAUGGGUCUGUCAGUUGUCUUUGUGGUCAUGACCAAGUUAGUGAUAUGAUAGAUGAUGAUUUAUAUCUGUUUACUGUUGCCGUGCAUAUUAUUUGGCUAAACAGUGUGAAUUGAAAUUAUGAAUGGAUUUGCGACAUUUUGUUUGCUUUGUAUUUUGCUUUAUUGCAGUGUGUCGUGGUUAUUGCCAAAACUUUUGGCUUGGCUUCUGAAAAGAAAGUUCUUCGUUGAAGUGCAGAUAGGAAGAAUUGCAGUUCCAUACCUGACUCUGAAAGAUGUGCACAUUUCAAAAAGUGGGUUUUCUGUGCACGUUGAUGAGAUUGGUUUCCGAAGCAGCUUCUUCAGCAGUGAAGUGACUAAGCUUUUAGCAGUCGUUGUGAGAGAUGUACGUAUCAACAAAGAUGUGGGAGCAGUUGAUGGCAAAGCGGAAAAUCUGCAACACUCUUCUGGUCUGGAAGAUCGUAGACCAGUGAACUUCUACAACAAGAAGGUUCCUCCAGUGAUAAUCACAUUUGCACAGUUCAUGGCCAUUCAUGUGUACAAUGUGAACACUAUGUUCCUUCGUGCCGAAUCCCCAGAAUGGUUGGUGCAUGCUACAGCAGGAGAAGUGCAUCUUGACGGUAGCAUCGUCCAUAACGCUCGCACAUUGCUGGUCAAUGUGACAGUAGCAGCUGCUACAGCAAAAAUGUUGAGGCAUGCACAGAAGGGAGAUGACAGUGCUCAGACCUGUCUGGGUGAAUUGUCAUUUGGAAUCUCAAUGGAAGCAGUACUUAUUGCCCAGGGACCAUUAUCGGUAGAGAAACUUUAUGUGGGAAUGGAUCAUACCAAAGCUGUCAUCAAUGAAGGCUUCUAUAAUUUUGCCCAGGAACGAAGGCAGACAAGUGAGGUUGAUCGAAGUCCUGGGAAAUCUUUGGUGUACUCAGCUGAAGCUGAUAUUUUUCAAAGGAUUUUUCCAAUUAUACCAAAGAAUUUCAACUUCAGAAUUGAAGACUCAGUCUUAACAGGAAUGAGGGAUAGUCAUACGGACUUCAGUGCCACUCUGCAGUGUUUUCAGAUUGAUACACAUUUUUGUCCACCAAGCACUGGCGUAGUAGAAACAAAAGUGGUUGACAUGUUGCCGCAGAUAUUCCUAGCUGUUGAAGUUCAAGUUGAUGAACUGAGUGUGAAAUGCAACAAGGAAACCAUACUACUGCUCAGGAAGCUGGCAUUUGAUAGCAAGUUGCAGGAUGCCGUUCUGAACACGUACAUUCGUCUCGACACCCUCACUGUUACCUACAGUCACAAGGACAUUUAUUCCUGGGUUCUUACAAGUUUUCCCAACAUUUAUAAUGCACAGGAAAUGGAAGACGAGGUGGUCUUACUAAGACGAGAAACUGCGGGUCCUGCAAGAACUUGGCUGGAUAGUGUGGUUAGCCAGUGCCAAAUAAAAGGCCUUGUGGAGCUGUGGGCUGUGUCUGCUUUAAUACGGCUGUCAGAAGAUGCCCACUGUGCCUCGGUUGGUUUCAGCCAUUCAGACACAAAAUUUAUGCUUGAGAAACACUCAGAUGCACGAGAAUAUGGGUAUAAGUGGCCAUUUCUGGGGUUGCUGCUAGGAGGAUGUCGCUGGAGUACGGAGUUACGAGUCGAGUCUCUCUGGUGCAACCUGGGGAAGUUUUCACAAGGAUAUGACACACAUGUGUUGAAGAAGUACCACACUUGGGGCACUCCUUUGUUUCUUGGUGUGUUCCUGGUCAAGCUGAGUAGUCAAGGCACUGCUCAAUUAAAAUUCAGUUCUGUGCUCGACACAGUUCGUUUUGAAUGGAGUCCACCAUUUGGACAAUUCAUCACUCAAGGUUUCAGGUGCAUCCAUGAGUACAAAGAUGCAAUAAGGAGAAGUCGGUCUUAUCAGAAGGGUGUUUCAGCAACCAUAGAGGCAGCCACUAGCAGUAAAAUGGAUGUUGUGAAGUGUUUUGAAUCCUGCAUCAUAAAUGUCACUUCAAGAAAUGUUAAUGUUUUCUUUAUUGCUGAUAAAAGAGUUUGUGUUAUGGUAAGAGUUGACUCUGCAUCCAUUGAGAAUAUGACAUCAAACACAGUGAUGGCUCUUGAAGGAGCGAAACUUUCUUCCAUAUGUCCAACUAAAACCCAAUACACAUGUCUGAGGUCUGAAGAAGUGAAGCCAUUUGUGGGACACACAAAGCUGGCAAGGGUCACUUAUGUGCAUAAGAAGUCUGAUCUCAGAGUGCAGCUGCUGGAUGAAGUGCAGGCUCAGUGGAGUACCAAUUUGCACCUCAAACUACUAACACUCAUUCAAGAAGUUGGUGAAUUUAUAUCUGGCAUCAAAGCCCUUUCAGCUUUAUCUGGUGAGUUCAAUGUACACAAGUCCAGGAUCCAUAAUCCUAUGCACAAGAGCUUGAAUUUACAGGUGAAGGGUCAAGUGAGAUUUGGAAUCACAAUUUCAUCUAGACACUGUAUGGAUUUUACUUCAGAUUACAUAAUAGGUACAAUGAACAGAGAAAAUCUUGCAAUACAGGCAAUGUCAGUGAGAAUAGCCAUAGACAAUAAAGAAAUUUUCUCUAUAGAUGACUUCCAAGUAGCAAAGAUUUUGGACAGUGAAGAAGUUAGACUUGAAAGGAAGAAUACCGAAGGUUUUAUUUUACCUUGGAAUAUAACUUGGAACUUAACCAUCAGCUCGCUAAAAGCCUGCUUUCCGUAUGAACACAAUUUUUCUGAGGCUAUUCAGAAUGAGCUUGUGAGUGUUGUGAAGUGGCUGAAGUUGGUGCAUAAGAAACAAAGGCAGCCUUUUACGUCAGAUAGUCCUCUACCACCGGAUCUACUCAUUAAGGUUAAGGAGUUCCUGUUUGAGAUGAGUGAUGACCCAUUUGAGGUGCGCCUUCGAGACAAUUACGAGUUGCUGGAAGAUGAAUAUAAGGAGAGUCUGAAAAGGCAGAAAAUGCUGGAUGUGAAGGUUGCUGAACUUUGCAAGGCUCAUCUGCUGCUACCAGCAGGCAAAGUGGAAGAGUUGUAUGCAAGUCUUAGCAAGCGGAACACAGAGAUCUAUGUUCAGCGAUCUAGGCAGAUGUGUCGUGCUGCACCUGCCAGAACCAGACUCUUUGCAUGGCUUAUGAAUGAUGUUGAGAUUCUCACACUGGCUGAUCUGUCUGUGCAUGGUGCAGAGAAUGUUAUGAAUACUAUGACAGAAAUAGAUCCUGACAGCCCAUGGCCAGAAGAGGGUCUGGAGUUUACAACCCUGUGGUGUCGUUCAGUGUGUGCAAGUUGCAAGGAAUGGAAGUUUCAGCUGAGAGACUUUCCACAACCGCUGUUGGACAUCAAAGAUUUACACAUCUGGGGCAGACUUGUGGGAGCUGAGCAGGAAGCUACACGGAGAGCAAAACGUGGUGUUGUGAUAGAGUUGGGCGAACCUUGGGGAGAUGCCACGGUUGAAAGAAGCAUGACUUCGCUCAAGUUCUACCAUGAUUUAAAUUGUGAAGUUGAACACUACAGUUAUGCAUUUGGUCCAUGCUGGGAGCCCGUUAUAGCUCAGUGCAAUCUUAGCUUUGAGAAAAUAUUGACACCUUCACAAGAUCCAAGUCCGCCAUUGCCAUUCUGGGACAAAAUGAGGCUCCUUUUCCACGGACGUCUGACCAUGUGGGUCCGCCAAAUGACGGUACUGUUACAUGCGUCUCUUGAUCCUUACAAUACUACUGAGGAGAUGGAACUUACAUGGAGUGAAGUUGCCAUGGAUUGGACUAAUGCUAAGGUGGUAUUCAAAGGUGAGCUGAAUGUGUACGUGAGAACAGCCUCAAAGUAUGAUGACUGCCGUCUCCUGCACUUACCAAAUUUGAAGCUUACAAUUAAAUUGAACUGGAUGUGUCUGGGUGACCCAAAUGAUCACCAUAUUGUGAUGCCUUGUGCUCCAGACAAAUUGCCUGAAUAUUCCAGCAAUCAGGAACAUGAUUCUUUUCGUUCUUUUCGGUCCCAAAAUCUAAACGUAAGCAUUGCUUUGGAGACCAAGUCAGUGGGGAAUCGAACCCCAGCAGAAUUUGAUUGUCCUGUGGUUCUUCUGUAUGGCAGUACGCUAAGAUGGUUUGAAAACUUGAAGCUGAUUUUGUCAGGCGUAACUCGACCAACGAGGCGUGGUGCAGUAUUUCAAAACUUACGUCCACGUAAGAUUCAGUUAAGUCGCCAUUAUCGAAAAGCGCAUCUUUUGUUGGGUCUGCACAAGUUUCAGGUGUACUACUGGAUGUCAUUUGCCAUGCAGAGAGGGUUCGAACUCCUUGGCGGACGUAUUUCUUCUUGUUCAGAGCACAUCUUGACCUUGGUACCAAUGGAAGGUGGGUUGAAACACCGUCCACGAGCUGAGUGGUCGAUCAUGUAUAUGAACUGUGAAUUGAAUGAUGCUGAGAUCUGGCUGAAAAGUGCCCUGCAAGAGGAACCAGGGAAGGAGCAUAUGUCUCUGAGGCAGCCUGUCGAGAAAUGUUACUGUCUUAGUGUUGCCAAGGUGUCUUAUGGUCGUGCAACAAUCCUACCAAAUCGUGGAGACCUCCUGAAUACCAGUGAAUGUGCAAGUAGCUGUCAGGAUAUGCCAACCCAUCGACUUGUUGUGUAUGAUCUAAAAGGAGCCUGGACAAAAAGUAAUAGAGAUGUGGCAUUUGCACUUUUUGACACAUUUGUGAAGACAAAGCAAUUAAAGAAGAAUUUGUCAACAGAAGCAUUGAAGGGAUUCAGAGGUGAAACUUCAUCCACACCGCUUAAAUCACGUACACGUGCAUCUGAAGGACCUGUAGCCCCCUCACCAAGCAAUUCCAUUCAGAAUCCUGCCACGGUUCAGGCGACCCCCUCACCGAUGACCAAACUGCAGUCUGGCCAUGCAGCUACCAUGCUCCAGCAGCUAAUUGCUGAGGCUGACAACAAGGCAGUGGUGUUCAGUGAUGACUUGUCUGUACAAACCAGAGACCAACAUCUGCAGGGUCUUGCGGCAUGUCAGGAGGAUGACGUGCAACAUAAGAAUUGGCUCAUUGCGCUAGUAAACAGCCAGGUUCUGUUGAAAGGCUGUGAGACCAAGGGCUAUGUGAUCCUGAGUGCAGCUAAAGCAGAAAUAUUGCAGCGUGUUCAUCGUCCGGCUUGGAAAGAUAGGACAUUGGUGUCAAAGACAAGUUGGGUGGGGUCCCUCGAGUGCAUGCAGUACUAUGCGACUGUCAGUGCAGGAGAGAGUGACUCUUUAGAUGAAAACAUCAUGUGGCUGUCUGUUGAGAAUAUUCAAGAGAAGGACUCGACAGUGAUAGCUGACGUACCAGACCUGCCGCACUUGGUGGGCAGCGGGCAGUCCGUCGGUGGGGUUGUUAGCGAGACUGUGGGUGCAAGCAGCAACAUUGGUGAAAAUCCACCAAUACAGUUGCAACGCAUAGUGUCUCGGUGCAAGUGUGAGUUCUUUUAUGCUGGCUAUGGGGAGAGUAGUAUUGACCCGAGUACUGUGGAUGAAGUGCCGCCUCCUCCGAUUGACGAAGGGGGUCCAUGGGAGAAGAGAGAGAGGGCAGUGGAUGCCUUCACACUGAUGCAUCAUGACCUAGAUGUAUGCACCAAUUCACUGCAGUAUGCGAUGAUAUUGGAUAUAGUGAACAAUCUACUACUGUAUGUUGAACCACGUCGCAAGGAAGCUUUUGAGCGACUUCAGAGAAUGAGGUUCCAAUUGCAGCUGCACAGUGUAGAGGAUCAGCGCAGACCCAUUCAACAAAUGCAGAACCAAGUUAGAUCCCUAGUAUCAAAAUUGCGCCGCCUUGAGAAGAAAACUCAUUUGAUUCAGCGAGCUCUUGCAGAAGACCCAGUCAAUGAAGAAUUAAUGAUAGAGAUGGAUGAUUUGGAGCGACAGGUCUUCGAGUGCAAAGAACUCCUGAAUUCCCAGAGCGAAGAACUGGACAUGAUGCUGUCGUGUUACAAGGAGACGCAGCUGUCAGCCAAUCAGAAGCUAGCAACCAUGCGUGGUGACAAGCCUGUCACAACGGUCAGGGCCAAUGAGAUAUGCUUCAAGCAUGCUCAGUGGCGACUUACAGAAGCUGAUGGUCAGUUAGGGAUUGCAGAUCUUGUGCUCAGCAACUUUCUGUACACAAAGAAUUCGAAAAGUGAUGAUUCAGGAGAACACUUACUUGAACUGGGCUAUGUGCGAAUGAUGAACCUGUUGCCAAACCAGGUUUAUAAAGAAGUGUUGUCUCCUACUGAGAUUCAGAGUAACAUGCCUGUUGACAGGAAGCGUGCUGUCCGCGUCUUUUGCCGAGAGAAAGCGCCAGUUGGCGGCAUAUCUGUGAAGGAACACUUCGAGAUUAAUGUGGUUCCCCUUACAAUAGGUCUCACAAAGAAGUUUUUCAAUACUAUGUUAAAAUUUUGCUUUCCUGAACGUGACCCUGAGACUAUAGAUGGUGAUGGCUCUGAUGAUAUUGAUGCUGAUAGCAAGGGAAAAAAACUCAAAGGAACCAAGAAGAGCAAAGAAACAAACUUCUACGUUCCAAUAGAACAGAAAGACGAUGUUGAAAAGAUGAAGGAACGAGCAGAGAAGAAUAAAUUGUUCAUUUACAUAAAGAUUCCAGAAGUUCCUGUCAGAGUUAGUUACAAAGGAAACAAAGAGAAGAAUCUGGAGGACAUUCGGGACUUUAGCCUUGUUAUUCCCACCCUAGAGUACCACAAUGUCACCUGGACGUGGCUUGAUCUCCUGCUGGCCAUGAAGAGUGACAGCAGACAUGUAAUUCUGUCGCAGGCCAUCAAGCAGAAAUUACAGAUAAAAAUGAAUAGAGGAUCAGCAGAUGAGGGAGCAUCUCCACAGGAGGAAGAUAAGGCAAGGAUGUUGUUUGGAUCCAGACUAAUGGCAGGAGAAACCAAAACCUUAAAGAAGGGUAUGUUCAAGUUCUCAUCAAAAUGAAGAUGGUUUCUGCCCAACUGCCUGAAUGCACAAGUUAAAAAAUGCAGUGACACAAGAAUUUGUUCUGAUUCAGUGUAAGGUUUACAAGUGUUGUUCAGUUAGAUCUGAAAAUGGAAACACUCUUGUGACACUAGAGCAAUAUUGUUUCUUUCUUUAAUAAUCUUCAUUAUAACUGUUUAUAUUUAGGUAUGUUUGGAAUAUAGGUUUUAUGCAUACAAGUCUCUUUCUACCUCAGGCACAUAAGCACAUGUUGCAUAAAGGUAUUUUGUCAUCUGUAGAAUGUUGCUUAGUGUCUUCACCUUGUUUUCUGCUGUAGUCAGCAAGUGAAGGUUCAGAUAUUGUAUAAUUCAGUUAUUGUAAUUCUCCAUAUUAAGUCUGUAUCAGUUGUGAUUCUCACAUCUUUACUAAUGUAUCUGCCCUGACAGGGAUGCAGAUACCUGUAUGUGAAUGUUUGGCUCCUUCUUGGAUGGGUUUUAUGGGAUUAAUUCAAAAGUGGCACAAUCGGCGAUAUGUAACGUUCAGUAACUUUUAUCUUUUAAGCAGUUUGAAGGAUAUAUAACUUCUUAGUACCAACAAAAUUUACUGCUAGCAAAUAUUUGCAUCUUUCUUUAUACACACGAUUCUUCAGCAAUAAAAACUUUGGAAAGAAAUAAUAAAAAAAAGGAUCCCAACAGAUGGUGGAAAUUACCAGGGCAGUCUUGAUGUAUAUGUAAUAACAUGUGUGAUAAGUUGAAAAACAUUCUCACGUGUUCAGGAUGUUGACAGGCCACAAGAUGUGAAAGAAAUUCCAUUAUAGCCAGUAUUACACAAAACCAAGAGUAAAACUUUAUUUUAAUUUUGUACAUAUGAAAGAACCGUGAUGGUUCAGGUCUGCUGAAACCGAAAGAAAUUGGUGUUAUGCCACUCUGAACGAUGAACCUCAUAUGAUUUAACUAAUAUUCAGCUUUCAUAGCAUAGUGUUUGCACUCAAAACUGGUUAAGUUAAACCUUUUAUUUUUUAACUGCUUGCAGAAUGUUGUUUCUAAGACAUAUUACAUGAUGACUUAAACCAUUUAAAUUGGCAUUGUUAUAGAAAAAUUAAAUUCAGAUGGGAAGUA